AUGAUUUAUCAGAUUGACCACAAAGGAAAUACGACCGUGUCUUAUAACUCAACGCCAGCACCAGACUCGGAAGCUGCUGAAUAUGGUUUUCCCAUGUUAGCAAUCCCAGUCCUGGUAUUCAUGGUAUUCAUACUUGCGAUAAACGGUGGUGUUAUUCUGCUCAUCGGAUCUAACUCAUCCUUGCGAACAACAAGUAACAUUGUCCUCGCCAGUUUAGCUGUUUCAGACUUCCUGGUAGGCCUGGUUGGUAUUCCAAUCCUUGUGGUAUGUAGUUCCACGAUGAUAUCUUCUCUCUGUGUUAUCUCCUACACCUUUUUCACAUUUACAGCCCAGUGCACAGUACUUCAUAUCACUGUAAUGACCUGCGAUCGUUUCAUUUAUAUCAUGUGGGCGUUACGUUACCGAGAUAUUGUUAACCGCUCAAGGGUCAUGACAGUGCUUGGUAUCACAUGGUUCCUCAGUCUUACUUCCUUGAUUCGCCUUUGCUGGACUUUGAACCUAAACAUCCGCGAAGCAGAGGAAUACCUCGCCCAGGAAAAACAGCGAGAGACAAUUCUCUUUUUGUUCAAUAUCAUCGCGUUUUUCUUGAUUCCAUUUGUUGUCAUGAUUGUUCUCGACGUGCGCAUGCUGUUGUUGCUUCGCAAACAAAGCAUGAGAAUUGCACGUGAAAACAUGCCAUCACAAUGCAUGAAAUAUGAACAAAAGAUGCAGAAAAGACAAAGAAGAUUUGUGUUGACUUGUGUUCUGCUUCUAGUCCUGUACAUUCUUUUCUGGCUGCCGUAUUUUAUCAUGGAAAUUUUACAACAGAGCCAUCAGGGGCAAGUGCCAAACCAAAUUGUAACUACGAUUUACUAUCUUCGCCUCUGUACCUCAAUAUCUAAUCCAUUAAUCUACACUCUGAGGAAACAUGAUCUGAAGAAAAAAGUCAAGAAGAUUUGUAAGGCGACUUUUUCUGGCCAGUAUCAAGGUUUAUCCGGAAAAAGACACGAUGAUCUACAACUUAAAACGAUGGAAUAUGUAUGA